GCCCCGCCUCUCCCAGGAACAAGGUUGGCAAAGCUACCCAGAGCCUGGCGCUCUGUGCGCUGGGCCGACUCUGAACCCUGGGGAGACCCCGGGGAAAACCUUCGGGCAAUCGGGGACCCUCCUAUACCCAGACAGCCGGCCAUCCCCGGCCUCUCAGCCCGCUUUCGCCCGGGGUCUGGCCUAGGUCGGUACUCCUUUGCCCUCCUGCCGUGCCCAUCCCUGCUGCCCGCUCCGUAGCCGGAUCAGGAGGUGGCCUGAGGGUGCAUCUCGGAGGGCAUCUUCCCGACCAAACUCCCAGAUGUGAAAGUAAAGAAAGGACUUAAAUACUACCAGGAUGUUUUCAAACUAUAAUGUCUCCGCCAUCACUUUACUUAACUUGUAUCUCAUGGUGUAUGUGAGUGUGCUGUUUGGUACGUCACCUACUUUCAGUGAGUAUUCAGAUGAAUCUUGCACUAUGAACCUGACAAUACAAAAUUUCCAGCUAAUUUUAUCAUGGGAAGUAAAAAACAGAUCCAUCCAGCCAACUCACUAUACAUUAUGGUACACAAUCAUGAGCAAACCAGAAGAUCCAAAGAUUGUUGGGAACUGCACAAAUAUCACGAAACCAUCAUGUGACCUGACAGAUGUAUGGGAAAUCAUGGAUGACCACUACAUACCCAUAGUGGAGCUAUACAAAGGGAACUCCAUGGUGGGCCGUUGUAUGAACAGCUUCUGGGCCUCAGACUUUUAUAUUGAGCCACCAAGAUUUGAAAUUGUUGGCUUCUUAGACCACAUUAAUGUAACACUGGAAUUUCCAUCUGUCACUCCCAAGAUAUAUGGGAAGGAAAUACAGGAAUAUGCGUCGCUUGUCAUCGAAAAGCAGUGGGACAAAAUCGUUAAGUUGAAUGACCUCAAACUAAAUAGAGACUUCAGUGGAAAUUUCACCUACAUUCUGGACAACUUAAUUCCAAACACCAACUAUUGUGUAUCUGUUUAUUUUGAACCUCUAGAUGUGGAAAAAAUAAUAAAAUCUCCCAUAAAAUGCAUCUUCCUUCAGCCUGACCAGGAAUCAGGACUAUCAAUAUCUGCCAAAAUAGGAAUUAUUAUUACUGGGUGGAUAGUGCUGUUCUUCAUAAGUAGCAUCCUAAUGCUGAGACGGACUGGCUAUAUAUGCUUAAAAAACAAUUUCCCCAAAGUGUUGAAUUUCCAUAACUUUUUAGCCUCCAUGUUUGCUGAGCCACCACCAUCAGAAGCAGUAGACAUGCUGGAGAUCAUUCACACCAACAAAAAGAAGAAGCUGUGGAAUUAUAGUUAUGGAGAUGAAAGUGACAGUGAAGAAGAAGAAGAAGAAGUGCCCAAAGCAAGUGCCACUGGUUAUACCACGCAUGGGCUGAUGGGCAAGCAUCUGAGCCAAGCCCCUGACCCCUCAGCCAGCUCCCAGGAAUCCCAGUGUGAAGACUCAGCUGUUGAAGAGUCUGAUGAACCUGGGGCUGAGCUGGAGCCCCCCAGGGAGGCAAGGCCUGACCCCUGGCAGCCAGAAAGUUCCAGAAGCCCCCGUGAGAGGAGAGAGCGUGUGCUCCAGGACUCCUAUCCCAGACACAACAGCAGCUCUACAGAUGAGCCUGGGGACAAAGUUAUCUUCAAUGUGAAUUUAAACUCUGUGUUUCUGAGAGUUCUCGACGAUGACUCUGAAGAAGACUCUCAGGAAACCUCUGAGGUGUUGCCUCUUGCAGAAGAUACCAUCGACCUAGAAGAGGAUCCCCACAGGAUAGAGUCAAGCCUUCUAAUGGCCAGUGGGGAAAGGACACAGCCACCCCACCACAGCUCCUCUUCCCAGUGCCUGUGGACUGAAGAGGAGUCAUCUGAUAAAACUGACUCUUCAGGUUCUGAUACUGAUGCUGAUGUAGGGGAUGGUUAUAUAAUGAGAUGACUCCAAAAACAGUUCAUUGACUGGAGCUGAGAACCUACAGGGUCCUCUUUGUACCCUGACUUGCUGCUCUGUGGUCUGCAUAAGUCUGAGGGAGGGAACAGGGAAAUAUAGGGCCCACUCGGUUUCUCCUGAUGCCCUCCUCUAUGCGGAUUCCCAGUACAGGAAACACAGUAUUGUUCGUGUGUUGUUUGCAAGUUCAAAGUGAUACACCGCCUGCCCCGUUUCCACUAAUGUGGAUUAUGUCACGUUUCCCAGGAGCAGAGUUCAAUGUAGUUUUCAGAGGUGACCUUGGCCUCCUGAUCCUGUGGUGUUUCUAGAAAAUAAUGAAACUGAGCCAGGUCGAUUGGGGUAGAGAAAAAGAAAGAAAAACUCUGUGAGCAGUGGUUAGCAGGCAAAUACUGAGUCCAGAGGCUCAAGAAAUGAGUGAAAGAGCAGGCGGGAGAGGAGGAGAGGGUGGUGAGGAAGCAGGAUGCACAAAGAAAGUCAUAAGUUCAGUCACUGGUUUCUGGGCCCUUCUCAGAAUGUCAUGUUCUGUGUCUUCCACUCUGAGAAGCCCUCAGCCAGCCCUCCCCAGUCUAAGUGAGAAAGACCCACAUUAAUAAUUCUAGGGUCAGACAGGUGACUCAGGAAGGAAACAUUGUGUGGUGAGGAGGGGUAGAUUAAAUCUUUUUCAUAUGUUAAGAAUUUUUUUAUUGAAAAAAAAAAAAAAAACGCCUAAGUGCUUCAAGCUCC